AUGAGUCCACACUUUGGAGCGAUUCAAAUAGGCGUCUCCCUGAAUAUCAGGAGAAGUGACGGAAGAAUCCACCCCGCAGUGGUCGCUUCGAUCAACAAGAACAACAACAGCGUGACGGUAGAGUGGCUCGAGAAGGGUGCCAACAAGGGCAAGAAAGUUGAUCUAGCCACAGUACUCCUGCUUAAUCCGGGACUGUCCGCUCCGGGAUAUCUCCAGUCCUCCAGAGUCCCGACCCCGCUGCCUUUGACAGCCCUCUAUUCCGCCAAGGGCGACAAAGCCUCCACGAACCAAUGGGUGGUGCACCCUCAAAAGAAUGAGACGGCUUCGGGGGACAGCCUGGUGACCUUCAGCGAGCCUGUCUUAGUGAAGCAGAGAAAGUCACACUGCCUGCUGGAGAUUGAAAAACUACAGAAGCAGCGACAAAAGAGGAGGCAGCAGCUGCUGGAAUUUCAGGCCAAGAGAGCCCAAAAUGUCAGUGUGGUUAGACCUAACUAUGAGAUCAUGUGUAUGAUUCAGGAGUUCCGUAGGAAGAUAGACUACUCCAAGAUGCUCAGCCCGGAUCCCACAGAUGACCAUCGAAUCUGUGUCUGCGUACGCAAGAGGCCACUCAAUGAGCAAGAGACCCUGGUGAAAGAUUUGGACAUCAUCACAGUCCCCACCAGGAACGUGGUCAUGGUGCAUGAAUCUAAGCAAAAGGUGGAUCUGACUCGCUACCUCGAACACCACACCUUCCGCUUUGACCAUGCCUUUGAUGACACUGCUUCCAACGAAUUUGUGUACCGUUUCACCGCCCAACCACUGGUGGAGAACAUCUUCCACAAGGGUAUGGCCACUUGUUUUGCCUAUGGUCAGACAGGCAGUGGGAAAACCCACACUAUGGGAGGAGAUCUUUUUGGGAGAAGCCAAAAUUGCUCUAAAGGCAUCUAUGCUCUCGUUGCUGAGGAUGUCUUCUUAAUGCUCAAGAAGCCCACUUAUGAAAAGUUGGACCUGAAGGUCUAUGGGACAUUUUUUGAGAUUUAUGGGGGCAAAGUGUAUGAUUUACUGAACUGGAAGACGAAACUCAGGGUCCUUGAGGAUGCCAAGCAACAAAUCCAGGUUUUGGGACUACAGGAACAGGAAGUGUGCUGUGUAGAAGAUGUGCUGAACCUCAUUGAGCUAGGCAGCAGCUACCGGACUUCUGGUCAGACAUCUGUCAAUGCCCACUCUUCUCGAAGUCAUGCUGUAUUUCAGAUCAUACUUAAGAGGAAAGGGAAAUUGCAUGGAAAGUUUUCCCUCAUUGACCUAGCUGGAAAUGAGAGGGGAGCAGACACCUGCAGAACCAGCAGACAGAGGCAGUUAGAAGGAGCAGAAAUAAACAAAAGUCUCCUGGCACUCAAAGAAUGUAUAAGGGCACUGGGACAAAAUAAGCCUCAUACCCCAUUCAGAGCCAGUAAACUGACACAGGUGCUUAGGGAUUCAUUCAUAGGCAAGAACGCUUGCACCUGUAUGAUUGCUACAAUCUCUCCAGGACUGAGUUCAUGUGAAAACACACUCAAUACUUUAAGAUAUGCAAACAGAGUAAAGGAAUUAACUCUGGAUUCUAGUCUUUUAAAUUAUCUCCGUCCACAUGUGCACCAGGAUACAAAGCUACUAGAUAAACAAAUUGUGGCUCCAACAGGAAAACAGGAGAAGCGUGAUUAUAAAAUAUUUUUACAAAGUGAAGAUGUGGAUGAGGCAGAUGAAGGGCAAGUGACAUCUACAAAAUUAGACAAAAAAAAAUCAGCGUCCUGCAAAGAAUCCAGUCAGUGGCUCAGAGCAUUUUUAGAGAUGGCAGAUGGAAUAAACUAUGAUGUAGAUUUCUGUGCUGCCCAGUUAGAGUCCAUCUUGGAGCAGAAAAUUGUUACUCUGAAAGAAAUCCAAGGAAAGGUGAAAUUAUUCCGGGAAAACCUCCAGAAGGAAAAGCCAGGCAAUUGA